AUGUCCCAGGAAAAGGUCCUCACCUCCUUCCCUGUGAAUAUUAUGGAAUGUCUCAAGGGGCAAGAGCUGCAAACCCUGGGGAGUGGAGCCUGGGACAAUCCAGCCUACAGCAGCCCCCCUUCCCCGAAUGGGACCCUGAAGAUCUGCACUGUCUCCAGUGGGACACUCCCCCAGCCUCAACCCAAGAAGCCUGAAGACAAAUGCCAGGAGAAGACACAGAGAACACUGAUGUCCAGCUGCUGUCUCCAUAUCUGUCACAGCAUCAGAGGACUCUGGGGAACAACCCUGACUGAGAAUAUAGCUGAGAACAGAGAACUCUAUGUCAAGACCACCCUGAGGGAACUUGUGGUAUACAUCGUGUUCCUCGUGGAUAUCUGUCUGUUGACCUAUGGAAUGACAAGCUCCAGUGCUUAUUACUACACCAAAGUGAUGUCAGAGCUAUUUCUACAUACCCCAUCAGACUCUGGGGUCUCCUUCCGGACCAUCAGCAGCAUGGCAGACUUCUGGGAUUUUGCUCAGGGCCCACUCCUGGACAGUUUGUACUGGACAAAGUGGUACAACAACCAGAGCCUGGGGCGUGGCUCCCACUCUUUCAUCUACUAUGAGAAUCUGCUGCUGGGGGUCCCGAGGUUGCGGCAACUGCGGGUGCGCAACGACUCCUGUGUGGUUCAUGAGGACUUCCGUGAGGACAUUUUGAACUGCUAUGACGUCUACUCUCCAGACAAGGAAGAUCAACUCCCUUUUGGGCCUCUCAAUGGCACAGCGUGGACAUACCACUCACAGAAUGAGCUGGGGGGCUCCUCCCACUGGGGCAGGCUCACAAGCUAUAGUGGAGGUGGCUACUACUUGGACCUUCCAGGAUCCCGACAAGCCAGUGCGGAGGUCCUCCGAGGUCUUCAGGAGGGGCUAUGGCUAGACAGGGGCACUCGGGUGGUCUUCAUCGACUUCUCAGUCUACAAUGCCAACAUCAAUCUUUUCUGUAUUCUGAGGCUGGUGGUAGAGUUCCCAGCCACAGGAGGGACCAUCCCAUCCUGGCAAAUCCGCACAGUUAAGUUGAUCCGAUACGUGAGUAACUGGGACUUCUUCAUCGUGGGCUGUGAGGUCAUCUUCUGUGUCUUCAUCUUCUACUAUGUGGUGGAGGAAAUCCUGGAAAUCCACCUGCAUCGGUUUCACUACCUCAGCAGCAUCUGGAACAUUCUGGACCUGUUGAUCAUCUUGCUCUCCAUUGUGGCUGUGGGAUUCCACAUAUUCCGAACCCUGGAAGUAAACCGACUGAUGGGAAAGCUCCUGCAGCAGCCAGACACUUAUGCAGACUUUGAGUUCCUGGCCUUCUGGCAGACGCAGUACAACAAUAUGAAUGCUGUCAACGUUUUCUUUGCCUGGAUCAAGAUAUUCAAGUACAUCAGCUUCAACAAAACCAUGACCCAGCUCUCCUCCACACUGGCUCGCUGUGCCAAGGACAUCCUGGGCUUUGCUGUCAUGUUCUUCAUUGUCUUCUUCGCUUAUGCCCAGCUUGGCUACCUGAUUUUUGGGACCCAAGUGGAGAACUUUAGCACUUUCGUCAAGUGCAUUUUCACUCAGUUCCGGAUAAUCCUUGGCGACUUUGACUACAAUGCUAUCGACAAUGCCAACCGAAUCCUGGGCCCUGUGUACUUCGUCACCUAUGUCUUCUUUGUCUUCUUCGUGCUCCUGAACAUGUUCCUGGCCAUCAUCAAUGACACAUACUCAGAGGUCAAGGAGGAGCUGGCUAACCAGAAGGAUGAGUUACAGCUCUCUGACCUCCUGAAACAGAGCUACAAGAAGACCCUACUAAAGCUGCGCCUGAGAAAGGAACGGGUUUCAGAUGUGCAGAAAGUCCUGAAGGGUGGGGAACCGGAGAUCCAGUUUGAAGAUUUCACCAACACCUUGAGGGAACUGGGGCAUGCAGAGAAUGAGAUAUCUGAGCUCAAGGCUGCCUUCACCAGGUUUGAUCAGGAUGGGAAUCGCGUUCUGGAUGAGAAGGAGCAGGCACAGAUGCGACAAGGUCUGGAAGAGGAGAGGGUGGCCCUCAGUGCUGAGAUUGAGAACCUAGGCCAGUCCUUUGGAUAUAGCCCACGAGGUGAAUUGGGCACGGAAGCUGCCAAAGGAGGAGGCUGGGUUUCUGGAGAAGAAUUCUACACGCUCACAAGGAGAGUUCUGCAGCUGGAGCAUGUUCUGGAAGGAGUUGUGUCCAAGGUUGAUGCUAUGGGCUCAAAGCUGAAGAUGCCGGAGAGCAAAGAGGACCUGGCUCCCUCCCCAGGAAUGGAGGAGCUAGCUGUUUGGAAGAACCUGUAACCAGUCCUAGUUAUCACUCCAGCCCCCUUGGGCGUCCAGGGUAGGCAGGAGAAUGAAAUUCCCCCAUGGAGACAAAAGAAAGCCCCCGAGGAAAGUAGAUUCUUGUUUGGUGAGAUUCCAACUGAGGAGUUGAAUGACACCCUUGAAGGUGAAGUCAAUGCUCCUUCUGGAGGAGCCCAUCCUCCAAUUCCCAAGUUCCAUGGAAUACCUGGAACUGAGGGGACUUCAUACCUGGAAACAGAAACAGAACCCAAAGGGAAUCAAGGAAGGAAGUGA